CGAGGCAUGACGGGAGUUGUAGUUUCUGGGUGGCGCCCAGCGGGCAAGGCAGACGCCUGAAAGCAGAAGAGCGGGAGCCGCGCGCGCAGCCAUGGCCCGGGCUCGCGUGUCGCUCUGGGCCAUCUGCGUGCUGCGCGUGGCGCUGGCCACUGUGUACUUCCAGGAGGAGUUUCUAGACGGAGAGCGCUGGAGGAACCGCUGGGUGCAGUCCACCAAUGACUCCCAGUUCGGCCUCUUCAGAGUCUCGUCGGGGAAGUUCUAUGGGCAUAAAGAGAAAGACAAAGGCCUGCAGACAACCCAGAACAGCCGAUUCUACGCCAUCUCUGCCAGCUUCAAGCCAUUCAGCAACAAAGGGAAGACGUUGGUAAUCCAGUACACCGUGAAGCACGAGCAGAAGAUGGACUGCGGGGGCGGCUACAUCAAGGUGUUCCCCUCCGACCUGGACCAGAAGAAUCUGAACGGAAAGUCUCAGUACUACAUCAUGUUUGGACCUGAUAUUUGUGGAUUUGAUAACAAGAAUGUUCAUGUUAUCUUAUAUUUCAAAAAUCAGUAUCAUGCAAACAAGAAGCCAAUCAGAUGUAAGGUCGAUGGCUUCACCCACCUCUACACUCUGAUUUUAAGGCCAGAUCUUUCUUACGAGGUGAAAGUUGAUGGCCAGUCCAUUGAAUCCGGCAGCAUUGAGUAUGACUGGAAUCUGACGUCGCUGAAGAAAAUGGAAAAGACAUCAGCGGAGUCUCAGGCCUGGGAUCAGGUGGAAGGUAACAAAGCCCAGGAUUGGGAAAAACACUUUCUGGAUGCGAGUGCCAGCAAGCCGAGCGAAUGGAACAGUGAGCUGGAUGGCGACUGGCUGCAGAAGCCACCAUACCAGGAUGGCCUGAAAGCCGAGGGCAUCGAUAAAGAUGUGUGGCUCCACCGGAAGAUGAAGCCUGCCAGCUACCUGACACAGUACGACCUCUCGGAGUUCGAAAACAUUGGUGCCAUUGGUCUGGAGCUGUGGCAGGUGAGAUCUGGAACCAUCUUUGAUAACUUCCUGAUCACAGAUGAUGAAGAAUACGCAGAGCAGUUUGGCAAGGCCACCUGGGGGGAGACUAAGGGUCCAGAAAAGGAGAUGGAUGCCGUGCAGGCCAAGGAAGAAGUGAAGAGAGCCCGUGAGCAGGAUGAGGAGGAGCUGGGGAUGGGGAGAUUUCACCGGCACAACAGCCAGUUAAGCAGAUUCCACAGGCAAGGCGAACUGUAGUGGUCCCCACUCUGCAUGCAGAGGACUGGCCCAGCCUCCCCUCCAAUACACAUAUGAACAAUCA